AUGGCCUCAGUAAGAGAGGUGUCCAGUUUCACUGAAGAUCUGCUGUGUCCCAUUUGCCUCUCCAUCUUUCGGGACCCUCACAUGUUGGAGUGUGGCCACAGCUUCUGUGCUCCCUGCCUGGAGCCCUGCAUCCCCAAAGGGCAAAGACGGGGGCUCUGCCCCGAGUGCCGACGCCCCUUUGCUUUACGCCGCAUGACCAUCAACCGCGCCCUCUGCAGCCUGGCAGAGAAGGCCCGGCUGCUGAAGCUGGAUGAAGGGGCUCAGCUGAGCGGCACUGGAGGAUGGUACUUCUGUGAGGAACACGAGGAACCUCUCAAGCUCUUCUGCAGCCAAGAUGAGGAACCUGUCUGUGUCAUCUGCCGGGACUUGCCUCAGCACCGUGGGCACGACUUCCUGCCCAUUAAAAAUGCGGUUCAGGCCUAUCAGGACCAGCUGAAGGCAUCUCUGGAGCCUCUGGAGGAAGGUCUCAGACGGUUGAAAAGGAGUCAGUGUCACCAGCAGGAGAACAUUAUUGAAUUAAAGACCUGCUCUGAAUCCUUGUCUGAUCAUAUCUCUGGAGAAUUUGUGAAGAUGCACCAGCUGCUGAGCGACAGGGAGCUGGGUAUAAAGCAGGCCUUAGAAAAUCAGCGGGAAAAGAACCUGGCUCAGAUGGAAACCAAGUUAAAGGAACUGGAUUGGAAGACGGCCUCAUGUUCGGAAACUCUCUGCCGUGUACAGGCAGGCCUUGAGUGUAAAGACCACAUUAGUUUCCUCAAGGAGGCAAAAGAAUUGCUGGAGAGGGUCCGUAAGGAGCAAGGAGCCCCAGAUGAACAUGAACUAGAUGCCAAGGUAGGAGAAGAUGAGCGGGGGGCCAGCAGUGAAGACACAGAUGAGUGUGAGAAUGAGGUUGAUGAAGGGCUGAUGAGAGAGGAGGAAGAUGUUGAUGAGGAAGAAGAGGAGGAAGAAGAGGAGGAGGAAGAAGAAGAGGAAGAGGAAGAACAAGAGGAAGAACAAGAGACAGCAGCAGUAGAAGAAGAGAAGGAGGAGGAUGAAGAUGGAGUGGUGGCUGUAGACUUGAACCUGGGCGAGUUUAAAGGACCUCUGCAAUUCUAUGCCUGGAAGGAGCUCUUGGGUGCAGUACAUCCAGUCCCUGCAUGCAUCACUUUGGACUGCAAUUCAGCUCAUCCCAGCCUCAUCCUAGUGGAGGAAGCCACCGGGGUCAAGUUCAGUCCCGGCCGGCGGUUCUGGCGACGGAAGCCGGAGCGCUUCACCUCCAGCCCGUGUGUGGUGGGACGGAAGGGCAUCACCACUGGGAAGUUCUACUGGGAGAUCCGAGUCGGGGACAGCACCGGCUGGGUGGUGGGGACGGCCAAAAAGUCUGUGAAGCGCAAGAAGCAGCUGAGGUUUCUACCCAAGGAAGGAGUGUGGGCUAUUGAGCUGAAGGGUGGAGAGUACCAAGCUCUGAGUCAACCCCGUACACCACUCACAGUCUGUGGGAGGAUGGAUAAGGUUGGAGUCUACCUGGACUUUGAAGGGGGGCAGCUCUCUUUUUAUAACAGCAGUAGCAUGAACCAUCUUUACACCUUCCAAGCAUGCUUCCAUGAAGAACUGCUUCCUUUUCUCAGCACUCAAAGCAGCCAUCCCCUCUCGGUGUGGGACUUGGACCUCUGAGAUCCUAGCUCAGGGUGCAGCAUUUGCAAAGAAGAGCCUGGUAAAGAUUAGGGGCAGGAAACCAUUUAGA